AUGAGGUACGACUGCCAGAUUUGUGGACAGAUAAAGAAAAAGUACCAUAAAAUCGUAUGCAAUUUGCAUGUGAUUGUGUUUGCCUGUAACUGCAAUGUUUGUGAACAAACAUUGAAACGUGAAAACAAAUCAGUAGAAGCCACGAAACGGCAGCAAUUCCAGUAUGAAAAAGAAGUUACUGCAGUGCAGCGUCAGUUGCAAGAAAGUACUGACUCAUGUACAAAGUUAAAGUUACAGAUAAGCGAAUUUGAGGAAAUUUUGAAUUCCAUUCAAAAAGAAUUAAGAGAUUUACAGAAGUUACAUGAUUCAUCUCAACUUGAAUUUCAAGCAUCAAAAAGAGAUAAUGAACUGCUUAAGAAAGAGAAGCAGAAUUUAACUGAACAACUGGAAAAAAGGCGGGAUGAAAUUGAAAAGUUGAAUGAGGAUGUGAAAAAUCUGAUUGCUCAGGCAACAAAAGCUAAUGAGGAAAAAUUUGAAGCCAUUGCAGCUGCUGAAGAAGCUAAGAUGAAAGAAUCAAGUUUACAACAUCAAGUGAAUCGUUUAGAGCAAGAGAGAGAAAUGCUGAGUAACCAAAUUGCUGAUUUGAAUGUUGAAUUAACUGAAAAGAAUCAUGAAAUACAUACUUUGAAAAGAGAAAAAUCUAAUAACAUUUUAGAUCUUAAAGCUCGUCUAGAAGAUCGUGCGGAUGAAAUCCAACUGCUACAAAAAAGAUUAGAUUAUUUGAAAGAGUUGGUAGAGGAAAAAGAUGCAAGAAUUGAAGCUUUAGCAGAAAAGAUACGACAAUUUAACCAGUCUCAUAGCCAAGCUGAGGAGCAGUUUAAUUUGGAACUGAAUGCUCAAGCAAAAUUAAUUGAUUUGCACAAGAAAGCAAGUGAAGAUAAUCAGCAACGUGUUGAGGAGCUUAUGCGGGCAUUUGAAGAAGCCCAGAAGUUGCUCAGAGAGUCAAAUGAAUCUUGCGAUGAAAUGGAAAAGCACUGCCAGGUUGUUGAAAACAAAUGCAAGGAAGAAUUGGAGGCUAAACAGAAAGAAAUUUUUCAACUUAAAGAAGAACUGAGGAAAGCUAAAGAUGCUGCUCAUGGCUUUAGUCAAGAUGCUUUAGAAAACAUGUUUCCAGUUGCAGCUGCUACUAGUAAAGUGCUUCAUUCCGGAAUGACUCUUACAGAAUUAUAUGUUGAGUUUACUAGAGUGCAAGAAGAAUUACAGCAGCAGAAAAAUGAGAAUGCUAAACUUACUCAAGAAUUGAAACAUAUUAUAGCUGAAAUUGAGGAAAAGACUCCAAUUAUUAAUCAGCGAAUGCUAGAAUAUGAAAAGUCAAAGGAAACUAUAACCUGUUUGAGAAGUCAACUUGCUAGUGCCCUUGCUGAUUAUGAAAAAAUGCUUGAAGAAAGAAAUGAUGCCAAGAGAAUAAGCAAUUCAUUAGAACGGGAAAAUUCUAGAUUAAAAUCGCAAGUUUUAGAUUUGAACCGACAGGUCCAGGUUUUACUGAAGGAAAUUGAAGAAGCUAGAGGGAGAACAAUUCUUGAGCACAGAGACAAUGAUAAAUCACACGAGGAAGAAGAGGAGGAAGUGACAUCCACUGAUGACAUUACCGCUGAUAAAGUUAUAUCUCGGCAUUUAGUAACUUUCAAAGAUAUUGUAGAAAUACAGAGGAAAAAUCAGCAGCUCCUGAUGGUAAUAAGAGAUCUGAGUAAGCAACACGAGGAGAUGGAAAAGAAACUUUCAUCUGACAUCUCCAUGAAAUUUGAAAAAGAUAUUGCUACGCUUUCUAGCCAAUUAGAAGAUUUACAAAAGAAAAGAGCAAAGCAAUCUGAAAUGCUUGAAACUAUUGUUCGCCAGAGAGAUAUGUAUCGAGUACUGCUGACAAGUCAAGGUUUUUCAGAAUCACUUCUUGGUCAGCCUGAAGGUUCCUUAUCAUUCUUGCAAAAUAAUUCUAGUCCAUUUUCACCUGGUGAUUCGCGACUGAAAGAAACAAAAAGUGCCAUGAAUCAGCUACAGGCAGAAUUCACCAAUUAUAAAAAAGAGAAAGCUCAAAAUGAAAAGAUGCUGAAUGAGCAGCUGGACAAUAUGCGAAAUGAAGUUUCAGACUUAAGAGUUCAGAAUGCCAAGCUUGCUUCACAGAUUGAGUACUCUGAAGAGAGGGUGAAAAUUUUACAGUCCAACUUGGAAACUUAUAAGAAAGAAUAUGCAUCAUUUAAAGACAAGAAUCGUCAGCACAGUUCCAUGAUAAUUCAGCACCAACAAACAAUAAACAGUUUAAGACAGGAUCUAAUGCUAGCUCAAGAAAAGGUUGCAAAAUCUGAAGUAACUAUUUCAAACUUAAAAGCUGAAUGUGAAUUACUGAGAAAUGCAGAACAGCGUCUAUUACAAGAGAAAGAAUCUGCUGUGAGAGAACAGCAGCAUCAAUCAAGAAUGAUGUCUAAUUUGCAAGCUGUUCAAAAUAAUUUGGAGAGAAUUGAGUCAGAAACUAAACGCAAUCUUCAAUAUCAGAUUGAGAAAUGUGAGAAAGAAAAUUCCAUUUUGAAGACUAAAUUAGACAAUGCUAAUGAAGACUAUCGCAAUGCUGUGAAAGUUUGGGAGAAAUUGAAUAAAGAUUUACAAGCAAAGGUUGAUGCUGAAGUGGAAAGAAACCGAAAAUUACACGAAGACUUAGUUGAUGCUUAUUCCCAGGUUCAUGCUUUAAACCAAGAAUUGUUAAAUGUGAAGUCACAGCUGACGACAGCACCUGAAAAGUCAUCAAAUGAAACUUCAAAAACACCCCAGAAAUCAGUUUCUGCUCAAACUCAAGCUGCUGCUGAGGUAAAACUUUUGAAAGAGCAGUUGAAUGAAGCACAGAUGAAAAUUAAAGCUCUACAAGACAAACUAGAUUUAACUACCAAAAGUUCAGAGCAGUACUCAAAUAUGUGUAAUGAUUUAGAGUUAAGGUUAAAGGAGCAAGAUGCAAUUAACAAGCAACUCAAAGAAUCUAUGGAUUCUGCUUUACUUUCAAAUAAUGAAGCUCGAAAUGCUUUGGAAAAGAGCUUAGAAGAUAUGGAAAAGAGUAAUAGAGAACUCAUUGAAGAAAAUAUGAAAUUAACUCAGAACUCAAAUUCUCAGUUGAAUGAACUUCAAAAGAAAGUGACUGACCUCUUGCGCCUUAUGGAUGAUUAUAAAAAUCAAGCUGAAGUAGCCAAGAAAACAGAAGAGCAAGCUAGAAAUGAUUGCCAAAAUCAGAUAAAGUUAAUGCAAGAAGUUCAAGAGAAAUAUGAAAGAGAACUUAUGUUACAUGCUCAAGAUAUUAAAGUACUUUCUGCACUGAAAGAGGAACAUCAGAAGUGUACAUCAGAAAUUGAAAAACAUUCAGAAGCUGCUAAAAGAGCAGAGCAAGCACUCUCAGAGUCCAAAGAAUCAUGGCUUCGUCAAGAAGAAAUCUUUCAACGAGAGAUAGAAGCUCUGAAGACUAAAAUUUCAGAUUUAGAAGAAUGUAAUCAUAACCUUCAUGAUCAGUUAGAAUUGAUGGGAACCCAAAUGGCAGCAUUACAGUCAAAGAAUUGGGAUGAAACUCCUUAUGCCUCUAUUCAAACUGAUCUGAAAGAUACACAACAUCUUCUACAAGUGAUUCAAUUCAUUAAGAAAGAGAAAGAAAUUGCAAGUACUCAGUUUGAUGUUGCUCAAUCUGAAAAUGUACGACUCAGCUUAAAAGUAGAACAAUUAACAAGUGAACUGAAUGAUGCUAAAGCAGAAUUGAAAGAAAUGAUGAACAAUACCCAGGCUAAAGCAGCAAGUGAUGCUCAACAUUCUGAAUUGCUGAAGAAAAUUGAAAUGAUGAAUUUAUUGAGUGAAAGUAAUAAUUUACUUCGUAUGGAGAAAGAGUCAUUAUCUGAAGCAAAAAUGAAGCUAGAAGAACAAUUGCAUGAACUUCAAGAAAAAUUCCAGCCUCUGAGUGAAAAAGAAAAAGAAAUGACCCAGCAAAUUGAUAUGUUGACAGCUGAAAAUGCUGCUUUGAGGGUUGAAGUCAAAAGUUGGCAGUCUAGAACCAAUCAGCUGUUGGAGCAGUCACACAGAAUUGGACCACAGGAAUAUAAAAAUAUGAUGCGGGAGAUAGAAGAACUAAAAGCUCAAAAAGGAAGACUUGCUGAAGAAUUGCAACGGAAGCAAGCAGAAGUAUCACAAAUUGCUUCAAAUUUGUCCUCUGUUGUUAAAGAACUUGAAAAUUCUAGAAUAGAACUGAAAGAAAAAUCUCAAGAAGUUGUCAAAAUGAAUGAAGAUAAUGUAGAACAUCAGAAAACACUGCUUCAGAUUAAGAAAAUAGGUAGGAAGUACAAAACUCAAUACGAUGAAUUAAAAGUUAAUUACGAUACUCUGAUGGCAAAAGUAAAGUCAUCAGAUCAAGCAAACCAAGAGCAGGCUGCUCAAGAAAUGCAAAAGAAACUUGAAGAAAGUGAAAGAAUUAUAAAAGAAUUAAAAGAAGAAAUUGAAAAACAAAAGGAGUCAGUCAAUCAAGCAAAUAAAACAGCAGAAACUGUUCAAAGUAAAGCUAAUGAAAAGGAGGAAAAAGCAAAAAAAUUACUUGCACAAUUCCGUCAUAAAUAUUCGCAACUGAAUACUGAGAAAGAGAGUUUAGUGUCGGAGAAGAAUAAUUUAAUGAAAAAAGUAGAAGAAUUAAACAGUCUAGUAUCAACUUUGAUGUCCUCACAAGAAGAAAAUCUGCAGAGUAAAUCCCAGGCAGAGGCUAAAAUUGCUCGUCUUGAAAAGGAGCUGAGAAUGGCUAAGGAUUUGAGAAUAUCAGAAAGAGACUAUCUUCAGAAACAAUAUGAUGAACUUUAUCAAAAAGUUUCACAGCAACAGAAGCAGACUGCUAAAUCGACUAUGGUUUUAGGGGAUAGAUCUAGUGGUAGUGGAACAGAGCCUCUAACUGCUAAUAUUAAACCUCUGACAUCUCCUUCUACUUCUGGAACAAGCUCAAGCCUCAGGCAUUCUCCUCAUCCUCAUGCUGCUUCAAAUAUAAAUCGUCCGACCCCCACUGCAAGUAUACGUCCAAUGGCCAUUGGUACUGCCUCUUCUACUCCUCCGACUCAAGCACGAAUGGCGGCUGUAUUGCCAACAACGGCUACACCGCCUCAUUCUGAAGAAGACUCUGUGUCAGUUGUAGCUCCUACUGUACCUGUGACUGUUCCACAUGCAGCUGUACAACCCACUCCGGCUACUGCCACUGUAGCCCCCACAACUGUAGCAGCAACAGUGUCACCAGUUAUUUCUGAAGUUGUUCCUACUGUAGUUGCUGUUAUUGAAGGACGAGAAGACAGUCAGGUUGAUUCAUUGCAUGGUGCACAUGUUACCGGAGGGCCUGUUGCUUCCAUUCCUGCUGCAGCUGUUGUAGUUCUUCCACGAAUUGAGGAAUCGGAAACUUCGACUGAACAAGCUCCUGUUGAUUCCCCAGCUCCUACAACAUCUGUGAUUGUAUCUCCUCCAGCAACCCAAACCCAGGUUGUUACCCCAACUAUUAAAAGACAACGAGAAGAAAGUAUCAGCCCUAAUGAAUCUCAAGAAACUAGCCAUAAAAGGGUCAGAAUGGUUUCUGAAGGAAGCCAAACAAAUCAACAGAUGCCUAUUGCUACAACAGUAGCAACACCAACAAAUGUUGCAGUUGUCUCAGCUGCUCAAAUCAUACCUCGAAAUAAAGCACAAAGUUCUCCUAUUGCUGAAAUUGUACAGCCUACAAGUGCCCAAAAUGAUACCAAGGAGACCCCAUUGCCUGUAAUUUCAGCACCUGAAGCACCUAUAAGUACUGUAGUAGAAGAAGAACCUGUUGCCAUUCCAGUCACAAUAGAAGCAGAAAUUUUGGAUGCUGAUGAAAAAGAUGAUCAAAAUAUUGAAUGGGAAUCUCAAGAUGAUGCCAAGAUUGAUGAUGAAUAUGAAGCAGAAGUUAUGGAAGAAGAACCCGUUGUUGAUGAAGAUUUAGAUGAAGUUGAGCAAAUGCAGGAAACAGAUGUGAGAUCACCAGAUGAUGAAGAUAUGACUGAAGAUCAACAAGAUGAUGCUGAAGAGAUGGCAGAGUCUACUCCUGCAGCACAAGAUAUUGACAUCCAAAUGGAUGCUGAUAGCAGCAGUUUACAAACAGCGCCUACAGAGCAAUGCAUGGCUCCACCAGCUGAUCCUCCAACAUUAGGUAUGCCUGUUAGAACAGAAAUCUCUCCAUCAACAGAGGCAAUGGUUCAAAGUACAUCAAAUGUAACCAUGCAGAGGUUACCAGUGCCAGUUGUGCCAUCUAGAUUAGACAGAUCAACUCCUAUCUCCCGCCAGCAUCUUACUCCAUUUACAAUAUCUGGCCAGGGUUCAAAUUUUGAGGAAGGUGAUGACAGUAUUGUUCCAUCUACUCCUACUUUAUAUGUUCCAAGACGAGCUGAUGGUUUUGCUGAAGCUGUAAGCUCCCCACACGUUCCUCAAGUUAGAUUCCUGUUCAGCAGUUCUGAAAGUUCUCCUACACAGCAAGGUUUAUCACAGCUAGCUAGUCAAGGAGCCCUUGGAGUAGAUGAUACUAGAAUGGAUCUAUCUCAAUUUGAUGAGGGUGGAGGCAGAACAGUUCCAUCUACUCCACUGCAAGUUUCACCUCCAACUGAAGCAACUGUUCCUGAAGUAUCAGAAUCCAGUUUAGAAGUUGAUGUAGGUAUUGCUAACAAUGAUUUUACUAUUCCUGUUAUCAAAGUUGAUUUAGUAGAUGAAACUUCAAAUAAUGCUGGAACAUCCCAAAAUAGUUCCAAAAUUGAAGCUUCAGAAGAAGCAUCUGCUACUACUGAUGGCAAUGAAGUAAAAUCUGAAGAAGACAAGACAACACAAUUAGAUACACAGCCUUCAGAUGCAUCUGCAUCAUCUGAGAGUAAACAUGAAGUUCCUACUAGUGAAAGCCAAAGUGCAGAAGAAAGUGCUAAAACUGAUGCAACUCCAGAUUCUGACCAAUCUAACAAAGAUGCUUCUUCAAGCCAAACUUCUCGACGCAAACCAAUCGUAUGGAGGAAAAAAAGUGAUGCUACUUCAGAUUCAGAAACAUCUGAAUUAGUAUCUGCUGGAACCUCCUCCGCUUCCUCUGGUCUUUUACCCACACCUGGAAGAGGAAGAGCCCGAGUGAGGCGAAUGAGGUACCCUACUGCUGGUGGAAAUUAUUCUCGAGGACGUGGCACAGAAGCUGUUUGGUCUGCAUCGGGUCGUCGUGGGCGCACUUCAACGAGAAGACGUUCUAUGUACUGAGUGAAUUUACCUGUAUUUUAGGGAAAUUUGUUGAAAUGAAUGAUAAAUUGCAUUAUGCCUUUUAUAUUGCUAAAAAUAUUUGUAUAUUGGUUGACAGAAGAUGGAAAUAAACUUAUAAUAAGUUGUGAUUUUAA